AUCUAAAUAUGAAUGUAUUAUUCUACUUCACGCCAAUGGAGUGAACUGCAGGUUACAAUUGGUUAUUGUGUUCUGUUGGACCCAUAGGUUCCAGCCAUGCGGGAUAACCCAUGGAAAAAGACAUGGUAACACAGUCUUGACUGGCAUGAAUAUUUACGACGUUUCAAGAAUGAUCUCAGAUUGAGGGAGUUCUCUCAUUUACAUACCGGGAUUGUUUCAUGACUUACGGUUGAGUCCCUGUCACACAAAAAAAAACUUCUGAAUUUAUGAUCUAAAUCCAGCUACAGACUACAAGGCUAAACAUGAGUUCUUAUUUUGUAAAUCCUCUUUUUUCUAAAUACAAAAGCGGCGAUUCCUUGCGGCCGAACUACUACGAGUGCGCUGGAUUUACCCAGGACCUUGGAGGUAGACCCACUGUAGUUUAUGGAGCCGGAACAGGAGCCACUUUCCAGCAUCCAAGUCAGUUGCCGGAGUUUUACCAUCACGGAACAUCAUCGCUCUCCCACGCGCCUUACCAACAGAACCCGUGCGCCGUGCCAUACCACGCGGAUCCUACGGGAAACCUUUAUGGGCAGGAUGCGCUACAGAGUUUCUUCGGAAACCCAAACCAGGAUCUGAAUCCAUUCGGUGACUGCAGUUUGAAAGCCAGCGGGAUCGGUGAGGAUUCUGACAGCGCAGACCAGUGUUCAUCGCAACUCUUCCCGUGGAUGCGACCACAAGCCGCCGGCCGCAGGAGAGGCAGACAGACGUACAGUCGUUACCAGACGCUUGAGCUGGAGAAAGAGUUCCUGUUUAACCCCUAUUUGACCCGCAAACGACGCAUCGAGGUGUCGCACGCGCUGGCUCUCACCGAACGACAGGUGAAAAUCUGGUUUCAGAACAGACGCAUGAAGUGGAAGAAGGAGAACAAUAAAGACAAAUUCCCUAGCAGCAAAGCUGAACAGGAAGAAAUUGAGAGACAGAGGAGAGAAAACGCCCAGGAGUCAGAGAAAAAGACAUCAGAGGACGAGGACUUUAAGAAACUUUAAUCGACAUGUGUGGGACAGAGGAAACGUUCCAACGUUGGCCUUGGCAGGUGCAUCUCUGAAAUCAACAGCCAAGCAGAAAUUAGUUUAUCUACAUUUCAUCAAAUGCUUUGUACUAUUCUCUAGUGUUGAUAGAAUUAGUUGUAAAAUGAGGGUUUCGUACAUACUGUGAGCUCAAAUAACAACUAAGUUGUUAUUGGAGAUUAAACAAUGUCAGAGCUGUGACGUUUUCUAGAAACAUCUGUAAAAUGGCUUCAGUAGAUGUGUUUCCUUCUGUAAGUCAUGUGAUGCACUUUUUGCGUUUACCUUUUUAUAAUGAAAAAAAAAAAACUUUAGAUGUGUACAAACUACCUAUAUUCAUUCCUGUCUACUUGCUCGUAUUUUUGUCUGUUAGUGUUGUGUUUUCUUCGGAAAGCAUGCUAAAGCGCAAAAGUAGAAGGUACAUACUGUGAAACGAAUACAAACGUAUUUAUAACCGCACUACUGAAUUUAUAAGGGGCAAUUCAUGACGUGUUCUGUUUCUCAACUGCUGUUUUUAUUGUCCUGAACUGGAAGCGUCUGUAACGUGAAGUGACAGAGGA